GUGACGCUGCCGCCGUCCCUUCCAGAAAGAGCGUGGUGAAGAUGGCGGCGCAAAACUCGACACCGAGUGAUCUCUACAAGUGCGUGUACUCGUUCCUGCUGGAGAACAAGUUCACCAAGGCGGCGCAGCAGUUCGUGAAACAAACUAAAGUGAAUCCACAAGAUCAAAAUGAAGAAAGCCUCGUCGACAUCUUCAACUUCUGGGUGAAGUCUCCUGAAGCUAAGAAACGAAAAGCGCCUGCUAACAAGGCCGAAGAUCCGAACGGUCCGUCAGCCAAGAAAGCAAAACCCAGUGCAGAGAGCUCCAGCAGCGAAGAGUCGAGCAGUGAGGAUGAAGAAGCUGUUGCAAAACCAACCAAAGCAGCCCCUGCAGCUGCCAAGGUUGUGCCCGCUAAAGCAGCAGCUACUAAAGCUGCAUCCAGCAGUAGUGAAGACUCCAGUGACUCUGAGGAGGAGAAGGCUCCUGCGAAGGCUCCUGCGAAGGCUCCUGCAAAGGCUCCUGUGAAGGCUGCUGCUCCCGCUGCAAGGAAGAAAGACAGCAGCUCUAGCAGUGAAGAGUCUGACUCUGAGGAUGAACAGCCCGCCAAAGCCCCUGCACCGAAACCCAAGGUAGGUGCACCCAAACCAGCUGUUCCUGCCAAAGGUGCAGCUCAGAAAAAGCCGGAGAGCAGCAGUGAAGAUAGUUCCUCUGAUUCUGAAGAUGAAAAACCAGCCAAGGCUCCAGUCAAACCCGCCCCAGUAAAGCCUGCUGCCGCCGCCGCCGCUGACUCUAGUAGUGAAGACUCUUCAUCUGAAGAUGAGGCUCCACCCAGCAAAAAACCCAAAGCAGGCACAUAUAGUGCAGUCCCACCACCUGCUUCAGUCCAGAAAGCUCCAGCUGCACCAGCAGCCAGCAAGGCCAAGCAGAGCGACUCCUCAGACAGCAGUGAUGACAGCAGUGACGAGGAAGAGGAGAAGAAAGUAGCUGCAAAACCUGCACCAGUAAAGACCACUGCUGCAAAACCUAAUGCACCCAAACCUGCUGCAAAGAAACAGGCGUCCAGCUCUGAGAGCUCAGAUUCAAGCUCGGAUGAAGAGGAGGCAAAGAAGCCUGCAGCUAAAGUCACCCCAGCUAAAGCAGCCCCAGUCAAACCCGCCCCAGCCAAGGCUGCACCUGCUAAAGAAGACUCCGACUCAUCAAGUUCAGAAGAUGAAGAGGAGGUGAAGAAACCUGCAGCAAAGGUUGCUCCUGCUAAGGCUGCUCCAACUAAAGUCACACCUGCUAAAGAAUCCUCCUCAGAAGAGGAUUCCAGUUCUGAGGAGGAGGAGACGGCAAAGAAGCCCACAGUUAAGCCUGCACCUGCCAAGACUACCCCAGCUAAAAAAGACGAGUCCUCCAGCUCAGAUUCCGAUAGCAGCUCUGAAGAUGAGGCUCCGGCAAAACCUGCAGCCACACCUACUCCUGCUUCUAAACCUGCUCCUGCUUCUAAACCUGCUGCUGCUUCUAAACCUCCAGCCAAGGCAGCAGAGAGCAGCUCUGAAGACUCCUCCUCUGAGGAGGAAGAACCAGUGAAAGCCAAGCCAGUGACCAAACCAGCUACCCCAGCUUCUAAGCCCGCUACCCCUGUUGUAAAGCCUGCUGCCGCAGCAGAGAGCAGCUCAGACUCUGACUCCUCCUCUGAAGACGAAGAACCAGCUAAGCCUAAACCUGCCGCAGCUAAAGCAGCUACGCCAGCCUCAAAGCCUGCUACUCCUGCAGCAAAGUCUGCAGCGAAGCCUGCAGCUGCAGCAGAGAGCAGUUCUGACUCGGACUCCUCUUCUGAGGAUGAAGAACCAGCUAAGGCUAAACCUGCCGCAGCUAAACCAGCUACGCCAGCCUCAAAGCCUGCUACUCCUGCAGCGAAGCCUGCAGCAAAGCCUGCAGCUGCAGCAGAGAGCAGUUCUGAUUCGGACUCCUCUUCUGAGGACGAAGAACCAGCUAAGGCUAAACCUGCAGCAGCUAAACCAGCUACCCCAGCCUCAAAGCCUGCUACUCCUGCAGCAAAGCCUGCAGCGAAGCCUGCAGCAGAGAGCAGCUCUGACUCUGACUCCUCCUCUGAGGAUGAGGAACCAGCUAAGGCUAAACCUGCAGCAGCUAAACCUGCAGCAGCUAAACCAGCUACCCCGGCCUCAAAGCCUGCUACUCCUGCAGCAAAGCCUGCAGCUGCAGCAGAGAGCAGCUCUGACUCUGACUCCUCUGAGGAUGAGGAAGAACCAGUGAAGGCCAAGCCUGCAACUAAAGCAGCUACGCCUGCAGCAAAGCCUGCUGUCGCCAAGGCCCCUGCAGACUCCAGUGAUGACAGUUCCAGUGAUGAGGAGGAGCCCAAGAAGGCAGCGCCAGCACCCAAGCCUGCGGCCACAAAGGCAGCUGCAGCUCCAAAAAAGAAGGCAGAGGAGAGCAGCUCCGACUCUUCAGACAGCUCUGAUUCAGAUACCGAGGCAAAGUCCACCCCUGCUAAGCCCACAGUCACCAAUGGCAAGGCAGCAACGCCCAAGGCAGCCACUCCAGCAGCCAAGGCCCCAGCAAAGCCAGCAGAGUCCUCAUCCAGUGAGAGCAGCUCUGAAGAAGAAGAAGCAGCCAGUAAAAGUACUGUAAAACCUGCUACAGCCAAGACGACCCCAGCAGCUAAAGCUAAAGAGAGCAGCAGCUCUGAAGACAGUUCAUCAGAGGAGGAGAAGGCCCCACGCAAAGCGGCCACAGCACCCACUACCCCUACGACAAAUGGUACCAAUGGAAAGAGAAAAAGAGAUGAAGAAUCAUCAGAAAGUGAAGAAGAAGAAACAGAUGUCAAGACCCCCAAAAAUAAGAAAGCAACAACCACACCACAGACGUUCCCUAAAGCCAAUAAGAAGUCCAACGUACCGUUCCGUAGAAUAGUAGAGGAAACCGUAGAGGUGGACCCCCGUCUUGCAGAUAACUCUUUUGAUGCUAAGUAUGGAGCCGCAGGGGAUUGGGGCCAGAAAGCUAACGAUGUGCUCAGGUUCACAAAAGGCAAGUCAUUCCGCCAUGAAAAGACGAAGAAGAAGAGGGGCAGCUACCGCGGGGGAGCCAUCUCUACCUCAGUCAACUCCAUUAAGUUUGACAGUGACUGAGGACCUUCUCACUCAGAUCCCUCCCACCUGAACUGUACUGUACCUGUGUGAUCAGGUCCAUCAGUUGUCUGCUCCCUCCCCCUGUAAACAGCCCCCCCCAAUCAUCACCACCCAACAGCAGCAGCAGCAGCACACUGGCAGAGGAAUGUGCCCCGUGGAGCUGAGCUGGCACCUACGUUUAGUUAGCUGCCCUUAGUAAUGGAGACCGUUCGAUCUCUGAUCUGAAGCUACAGUGGAGCUGUGGCAGCAGGAGAGAGAUGUUCCCAGCUGUGACUUCAGACUCUACUGCUAAAGGUUGACAUCAAUGUGACAUUACUACCACUUAUAGCCACUAGGUGGCUGCAGGCCACCUGUGAAUGGUGGAAAGCCAAUGUGUGUGUUGGGCCUCCUUUUUUUUUUUUUUUUUUCUGGCUUGUUCGGACUUUUUCUUGUACUUUUUUUCUUUUUGUAACUUCCAUUUUUCAUUUUCAAUUAUCUAUGUAUGAAUGACAGCGAUCCCUCCCAACAGGUUCAUUAUGUUAAGAAAACGCUGAUGGUGAUGUUUUUUUAAUGGAUCACAUGGAUUCUUGAAGUUUGUUUGGUUGUUAGUCAAUUUUUCUUUGGCCACAUUUAAAUGUGGAGAGGGUGUGUGCUGGGGUUUUUUCUCUUUACAUUUACAUUACAUGAACAUUGAGAGAGUAGAACUGAGUUUUAUACUGUGUAUUUAUUAAGUUUUAUUCCAUUUAGGACCUUUCAAGCCAUCUCAAGCUAUUCUCAAUCCAUUUUGUGUUGAAACAUUUCUUCUGAUGUUAAGAUGCCCCUGUCCUUUCAAACCCUCGCUAAUCUGUUCAUCAUGGAAUUUAUUAUUAACCAACAUAACUGAGAGCCAUGUUUGUUUCAAUUAUUUUGAUUUACUGUAUGAACUCUUGUGUACAUCUGUUAUAUUUUUUUUUAUUGUCAAUUCUCGUAGCGAUAAUUAAAGACUUAACAGAUUAAAA